GCUGCUGUGUCGUGGUCUCUGGCUCAAGUGUCGUCUUCUGCCCUCUGCUGACUCCACGGGUGGCUUAAUUGAAGAGGAUAGAAAACCCUUGAGCGAAAAACACCCCUCUCACUGAAUUGAUGCUUGGUAGAAUCCACGUAUUGAAAUUACCGUCAGUCAAUAAAACCGUAAGUGGCCCAGCCCGUGCAAGUUUCACAAUUUAGCACCUCAAGAAGAACGGCUCGCUCCGACCUGUCUCGUCACAAGUGAGGCGCUAUGGGGAUAACCAGUGCCUUAGUGUGCCUGAGCAUCUUUGCGGCAGCAGCUGCCGUUUGUGGGUGCAUCAGUGGCCUGCUGCUGGCGCUGAGCGCUGCCGCGGUCGCGCUCGUGGUGAACUCCUCGGUCCUCACCCGCGCUCCCCGCGUCCUCCUGCGCGGCCGGGCGGUGCUCAUCACGGGCUGCGACAGCGGCUUCGGCUUCGAGCUGGCGAGGCGUCUGGACGGCAUGGGAGUCCGGGUGCUGGCCGGCUGCCUGCAGCCAGACGGAGAAGGGGCCCGGGAGCUCGCGAGCAAGAGCAGCGACCGCCUGCGCGUCCUGCCCUUUGAUGUCACGAGCGACGAGCAGGUGCAGGAGGCUCGUGCAGCCGUCACCCGCAUGGGUCGGCAGGCAGACCUGUGGGCUGUGGUGAACAACGCGGGCAUCACACAUUUGGGUGAGGUGGAGAUGUGCAACAUGAACUCGUACCAGCGACCGGCCAACGUGAACCUGUGGGGCACCAUCCGCACAACGAUGGCCUUCCUGCCACUCGUAAAGGCCAGCAAAGGACGGAUCGUGAACAUGUCCAGCAUAUCGGCCCAUCUCCACACAUCUUUCAACAGUGCCUACUGUGUUAGCAAGAGUGGCGUGGAUGCUUUCUCCAACUGCCUGCGCGUAGAAAUGAAAAAGUGGGACGUGAAGGUUGUACUCAUAGAGCCAGGAACCUUCAUUUCCCACACGAAUAUCAUGCAGAACCAGGACACCAAGAGCAUUUACAGGAGCCUCACCGAGAGCCAGAAGACACAGUUCACCAUGGAGUACAUUGACACCUACAUGGAAGCGGUGCAGUCCUUCCGCAAAAUCGAGUGCAAGAACCCUGGGCUGGUGAUUGACGCAAUUGUGGAGGCACUGACAGCUGGCGAACCUGACACGUGCUACCUGGUGUGCUCGUUUAUCGAGAGGGCCAUUGUGUUCCUGCUGAGGAACCUGCCCACUGCAUGGACAGAUAUCAUAUUCACGAACGCGUUGAACGAGAGUAAGCAAAAAAGCAUCCUGGCACGCAAUUCCAUGCUCAAAAGCGAAGGCGGGCUCUCGGGUAGUGAGUUUGAGGCGGAGCUAUUUCAGGCGCUGUGCCGGGAUUUUGGAAUCCAGAAGGACCAAACUACGGCGUAUCACCCCCAGGCGAAUGGGAUGGUGGAGCGUAUGAACCAGACCCUAGCUGGGAAGCUCAAAUAUCUGUUGUUCGGCGUUCCCCCGCUGCAACCGGAGGAAGGGAGCCAGCCCAUAGAGCACCUGAUGGGAACCCUGCGAGGGGCCCGCGGCCGGGCCUACCAACAGGGGGAGGCCGCAAACCAGCGGCAGGAGCAGGGCACCCGGCCCCGCAUGGAACCCCCCCUCUAUUCAGCGGGCUCUAAGGUGUAUCUGCACACCUCGCGCGUACGGGCCAGACAGCCCACAGAUGACGAGGGACGGGAGGAGGCUCUGGAGUGGAGGAGGAGACCACCGCGGGAGCCCCAAGGAAUGGAGCCGCCACCCCCGAGACCGGCAACAAGGGCCGGGGUGGAGCUGGAAACGAUCGGCCAGGCAAAGUCUCGAAAGCGAGCAUCUUCCCCAGCCCCCAUCGGGCAGCUGAAGAGACUCUCGAAAGACACAAGGAUGACGGGAAACAGCUUGUGGCUGACCGCCAUCGCGGCCGCAGCAUCUGCAGGCAUCUGGAUGUUGAGCUGGUCGAGUACGCUAAUGCUGCUGGUGGCGAUCGCCCUCCUCGUGCGCGUAACAAUCCUCGUGGUGAACUCCUCGGUCCUCACCCGCGCUCCCCGCGUCCUCCUGCGCGGCCGGGCGGUGCUCAUCACGGGCUGCGACAGCGGCUUCGGCUUCGAGCUGGCGAGGCGUCUGGACGGCAUGGGAGUCCGGGUGCUGGCCGGCUGCCUGCAGCCAGACGGAGAAGGGGCCCGGGAGCUCGCGAGCAAGAGCAGCGACCGCCUGCGCGUCCUGCCCUUUGAUGUCACGAGCGACGAGCAGGUGCAGGAGGCUCGUGCAGCCGUCACCCGCAUGGGUCGGCAGGCAGACCUGUGGGCCGUAGUGAACAACGCAGGCAUUGCACAGAUGGGCGAAGUGGAGAUGUCCAACAUGAACUCGUACCAGCGAGUGGCCGACGUGAACCUGUGGGGCACCAUCCGUACCACACUGGCCUUCUUGCCACUCAUAAAGGCCAACAAAGGGCGAAUUGUAAACAUAUCGAGCAUCGCAGCCAGACUUCCUUCCGCGUUCACCAGCAGCUACUGCAUCACCAAGAGCGGUGUGGAGAUCUUCUCAACCUGCCUGCGACUUGAAAUGCAAAAGUGGGACGUUAAGGUGAUAUUUAUAGAGCCUGGGAGCUUCCUUCGCCAAACAAAGAUAUUGCAGAACAUGGACUCCAAGAGCAUUUACAACAACCUCACAGAGUGCCAGAAGGCACAGUUCACCCUCGAAUAUAUCGACACCUACUGGGCUGCGGCACGUGAAAUGGGUGCCUUCAAAAAUAGAGACACCGGCCUGGUGAUCGACGCAAUCGUUGAGGCGCUUACGGCGAGUGACCCAAGUGCCUGCUACCUUGUGUGCUCAUUCGUGGAGAGGGCCAUGUUGUUUCUGGUGGGCAUCCUGCCCACCGCAUGGACAGACUACAUGAAUACGAGCAGCUCCUAUGAGAAGAAGCGGAGGAGUAUCCUGGCAAGCCAUGCUGCAUGCAGCGGCAGCAGCAGCACGUGACCACAUUCAUUGCUCGAGCAGCAUGCUAAUGUAGUGGGCCGGCCAUACGUCGAAAGCUUGCGGUUUUUAACGGACUUGGCGGGGUCUAUAAUGAUUAACCCUGUUGUAGUAUUGCUGGAGUUUAUUUUCUCUCAUUUUUAAAAAUCUACCUCACAAUGUACUACAAACAAAAGUAUAAUUCCAAUGUGUGGUGAGGUGUGCCACAUUCAGUUUUGGUGGAAUUUGACAAAUGCAGAUUUUCAUUAUUCGUACAAAUUAAAAAGAACAGUUUAAUGUUACACAAGGUGUUGGCGG